AUGGCUCCAUGGCGUAUCGCAUUUGAAGAAGGAGUGUCACCAGGGUCAGUGUCUGGCAUCAUUCGACGAUAUCCUAUCCAAAAAAAUGCCUCUAGUUGUGGACGGUCAGGACGACCACCAAAGCUUUCCGAUAGGAAUAAAAGGGCUAUUUUCCGAGUCAUUAGGAAAGACCCUUUUAUUGAAAUGCAAGAUCUUAUUGUUGCCGUUGAUUUAAAUGUCUCUAAACGUACUAUUUUGAGAUGGCUCAAACAUGAAGGCAUCCAUCAUCAACGUGCUCUCCGACAGCCAUUACUAACUCCAACGAUAGCGGAAAAACGCCUAAAUUUUGCAAGAAUGUAUAAAGAUGAACCAGAAAGCUUUUGGAAGCAUUGGAUUUCAAGUGAUGAGUCUACAAUUGCUCGUGGUGAUGGCGAAAAGCAGGAGUGGGGUUUAUGCCCAAAAGGACAACGAUUAGAAAUUCAAUAUGUACAGCCAAAAGGUAAGCCCUCACGUCAUUCUCAGAUGUUCUGGGGUGCAAUUUCCUUUCCCUCUCGAUCGUCUUUAUGGCCGCUUCGUGGAAACCCUACAUCUGCUCGCGGAGGUGUUACUACCCACUGUAUUCUCUAA